UACCCAAAUAUUGCUAGGCAUGUAUUUUUAAAUUUCAUGAGGGCUUGUUUUUACUGGGUCAUUUUGCAAAGUUUUAAACGUCAUUCUCACCUGGCUGUGCUCAGAAGAGAACAGGUAUCCUGGUUCAAAUGUCAAGUGAGGCGGUGGCAAGCUAUUUACUCUGAACUUGUAUUGCUUCGAUGAUAUUGACGCCGGCCUUCGCAGUACAGCUUUGUCGCACACCAUUUCGCACGUAUACCAAACUCUGUUAUCGUAGGAUUCCUCGCCGCACAAGCUGACUGUCACGACAGAGAGGUAUAUUUGACCGACAAUUCCGGGCACUUUUACGGGCACCAUGGCAGGAAUCAAGUGGGUUACCAUAGUGCUGAUCGUAUUCUCCGUGAGCCAGUGCGCAGACUCGUUGACACGACCUUCAUUCAUUGAAUUCGUGGACAAUGGUUACUCCGGCAUCACCGUGGCAAUUCACAACAGAGUGAGUGAAGAUCAGGCACUGAUUGACCGAAUCAAGUACAUGUUCACAGAGGCCUCGAAGUACCUCUACCAAGCCACGCAGAAACGGGCCUACUUCCGAAAUGUUACCAUCCUCAUACCCAAGACAUGGGCCAGCAGUCCCGAGUACAAGCUCCCGGGCGGGUUGACCUUUGACAAUGCUGACGUCAUCGUGGCUCCGCCCAAUACGCGCUGGGCCCCGCUGCAGUACACCAAGCAGUACGAGGGUUGCGGUCGGCAGGGGGUUCACAUCCACUUCCUGGACGCCUUUCUGACCGAUGAGAACACGGAGCUUUACUACGGACCCCUUGGGCGUACUCUCGUGCAUGAGUGGGGUCAUCUUCGCUGGGGGUUAUUCGACGAGUACCCGGAUGCUGUAGGAGAUCCCGAUUAUUACCAAGAAUUCUACUAUUCGCCACUUGCACAACAAUUCGAAGGAGUUAGAUGUUCCUAUGAUUACAACGGCCGGCCGCUGAUCUUCCUUCCCGAGAGCUUUUCCUACCGUGACUGUGCCGGCAAUCCGUAUGUUGGGUACGAGGAUGGCUGCGUGUUCUUCGUGCUGACGGACCAGAGUGACGUCACUUCCUCCAUCAUGUUCGGCACGUACCCUCUCGAUCCUAUAACCAAUUUCUGUGAUGACACCGAGGAACGGGAUCAGCAGCAUAAUUCAGACGCGCCCAACAAGCACAACCGGCUGUGCAAUAGCAAGAGCAACUGGGAAGUCAUACGGGAUCACAACGAUUUUGCAGGGGGCAGCAAUCCACCGCGUGAAAUCAGCGAGGAAGAUUUAUUGCCGACAUUCAGAUUGGUUCAGCACAAGGAUAUCCGAGUCGUUCUGCUAUUGGAUACCUCGGGCAGCAUGAAUUCCGACAAAAAAUUUACGAAGAUGAUUAGCUCUUGUUACAACUACUUGUCGUCCAUCGUGUUGGAUGGGAGCUUUGUUGGGAUCGUGGAGUUUAACUCCAAUGCCCAUAUUCUGCAAAAUCUACUGGAAGUGAACGGAACGGAAACUCGCCUGGAUCUGAUUCAAGCCCUGCCUCCCGAUGCUGGUGGAAGUACCGCCAUAGGCAAAGGGCUUUUGAAGGCCGUCGAGGUUUUUUCGAACCAUGAAGAUGGUACCAAAGGAGGCAUCAUCAUGUUGAUUAGUGAUGGGAGAGAAAGGGAAGAGCCUUGGGUUGCUGACGUCAUGGAUGACGUCAUAGCCUCUGGUGUCAUCGUUGACACGCUGGCCUUUACCCAAGAUGCAUCUGCUCUGCUUCCUAAUAUUUCCAAAGCAACGGGUGGUAAAACGUUCUUCUACUCGAACGAGCCUGGAUCCAACACAUUGUACGAGGCAUUCGCAGCUACCAUGGAGCGCGGUGACGUCAGAGAUGCUGAUAAACUUUUACAGCUGUUGGGCACGUCGUGGUCUCUGGAGGCAGACGAGACACGAACAGGUGGAGUGUUCAUGGACAGCACUGUGGGCAGGAAGACCGAGUUCAGCUUUUCUUGGACAGAAGCAGGCAACCCAUCGAUUGAGGUAACCCUCCAGCGGCCGAAUGGGACGAUAAUUGACUCCUCCUACGACGGCUUUGGCGAGGAACCGAACUUCAAGACAAUCAUAGUGAAGAUCGAAGGACAGGCCGAGGAGGGACUCUGGGAUUACACAGUACUCAGCAGGCAUGAACAACAGGUCGCCAUUGCUGUCUCGUCCUACCCAGCAAGCGAUGACGUAGAUCCCAUCAUCGUGACGUCAGAGCUGAGCGGCUCCAUCACAGCCUUUGAGCGAGGCGAGCCGUUGGUGGCGUACGCCGAGGUUCGUCAGGGUUUCAGACCCAUGAUCUACGCCAAUGUCACGGCAAUCGUCGACAGACCAGGCGCUUUUGAUCCAAUCAGACUUCAGCUACUUGAUAAUGGUGCAGGUGCGGAUAUCACCAAGAAUGACGGGGUGUACUCGAGAUCCUUCACCGAAUUUACCGGCAUCGGGUACUACGGGAUACGGAUAGACGUGAACAACAACGGCGGAGAGGCCAUCAUUUUGGAGUCCAAUCCUUACUCGAAAGCCCGUCCGAUCGUGCCCCUCGACAAGAUCUAUGACCUACCGGAGAUUGGUGGUAUUAAGAUCCCACCUCCCGGUGCCCCACCAGCAGAGCCAACAGGAACGCCCGCCCCGGCGUUCAGUCGUGGCACAUCGGGCGGCUCAAGCCGUGUACCUGAUACACCUCCGGGCUUCUCGCCGGGUGAUGAUUUGUUCCCUCCAGGAGACGUUCUUGAUCUCAGAGUCACAAACACCUCGUUCCAGGAUAAGACUGUGAGAUUGGUUUGGACAGCACCUGGAGAUGAUCUUGACAACGGAGCAGCCUCCCGUUACGAAGUGAUCCGUGCCGAGUCCGUUCUGGCCUGGCAGAGCGACCCGGAUCCGGAGUCGCAUCUGAUCCUCAACUCCAGUCACGUGCUCGAAGGGAACCUCUCGGCACCUCAGGAGUUCGGCAGUCGGGAAGAGUUGCUGGUCCUGGUACCCGUGCCCGAGGGAACCAGCCUGGUUUCGUACGCAUUCGUCCUGCGCGCCUUCGACGACGCCGGAAACCCGUCUGGGUUUUCUAACGCGGCACAGGCCGUGCUCAGGGAGUACGUCCCCCAACCCCCAACAACCAAUCCAACCCCUGCCACCCCGCCACCCCUACCCCCUGCCACCAGGCCACCCCCUGCCACCAAGCCCCCGCAACCCCCUGUCACCAAGCCAGCUCAACCCGAGGGUCUGUUGGGCUGGCAGAUUGCUCUGAUUGUCAUCGGUAGCGUCGCCGUUGUUCUCUUGCUGAUCGGGGGAGGAGUAGCGGCGUUUAAGUUCCCAAACCUCAAAGACAAAAAAGUGGCGCAUUCAGACGCUGGGGACGAGGAGAAGAGAGAUAUUGAAGGAGAAUAUAACCCAACUUAUGCAGUGGCAGAGAUUUAAGGCCAAUAGUUAAAAGGUUAAGUACAACAUGAUUGUCUGAUAAAACCCAUUAUAACCCAUCGAUUAUCAAAAUCAUCGAUUAAAUACUUCCAUUUGAUUUUACAAUUUUAUCCAUAUUAAACAACAACAAACAAUUUUUCUUUCUUUUUUAACUGAUCAGUUUUCGUUUUAUGGUAAUAGUUAGAGUGAAACCAAUCCGGUGUAGGACUUAUAUGAAUUA